AUGUGUUCUCCGGCAAGGCUCUUCCUCUCGUCGGAAGCGAAAGCUCCGAGCCCCCUCCCCUUCGACUCUGACAUCACCAUCAUCCUGGUCGUCCUCCUCUGUGCCAUAGUAUGCGUCGUCAGUCUCGUCCUCAUCACCCGUUGCAUAUGGCUCCAUCACGCUGCCGCCUCAUCCACCCUUAUAAAGGAGGCCCUCGCCCCCAUCCCUGCUCCACCAAACAAAAGCCUCAAGAAGAAAGCCGUACGCAUUCUCCCCACGCUCUCUUUCAACUACUCCACCUCCUCCAUCGCGGACGGCAUCGUUCUACUGGAGGGCACCAUCUGCCUCGCCGAGUUCGCCGACGGCGAGGUGCUCCGGUCUUGCCACAGUGCGGCUACAGCUUCCAUUACGAGUGCGUCGACACCUGGCUGCAUUCCCACUCCUGCCCCUCCAGCCGCCUGA